UCAAGACUCAACCUUUCUGUUUUAGUUUCAAAUCACAUGGUAUGAUAUUCUUGAAUGGACACCUUUAUGCAUGUUCAGGCUAGCACUAGCAAAGCUCUGAUCUUAAAGAAGUAAAUUUAUAUUUUUGAAAGAGAAAAGAAACCCCUGAUAUGAAGCAAUGGAUAUAUGCCAUAUAUCAUCAAAGUAGAAAAGAGAAAGGAGAGUAGAAAAAAGAAAGGAUAGGACGGCUGGUGAUUCAACUGUUGAGAUUUCCUUUUCUUGGCCAUUCAAGUUAAAAGCUGGCGGUUGUCCAAUUCUAUCCUAGUGGCUAUCUGGAAACCUUGAUUGAAUUCAAGAACUCGACCAUGCCAGUAUCUUCGAUUUUGCUUUCUUUCUUCCUAUAUUUGUUAGCACUUUCCUCCAUUUCAGAUGGAGAGCAAGUUAUACUUGUGAACAACUGCAAGGAAAGCAUUUGGCCCGGGGUACUUGGCAGUGCAGGUCAGUCCACUCCUAAAAAUGGUGGAUUCCAUCUUGGUAGUGGUGAAGAAGUAGUUCUUGACGUUCCACAGAAAUGGUCUGGGAGGAUAUGGGCCAGGCAAGGUUGUAAUUUCAACAGUAAUGGCAAGGGUUCUUGUGAUACUGGUGACUGCUCCGGACGACUUCAGUGCCAAGGAACAGGCGGUACACCGCCUGCAACCGUGAUAGAAAUGACUCUUGGGUCAUCUUCUUCACCACUGCAUUUCUAUGAUGUAAGUUUGGUUGAUGGCUUUAAUUUGCCUGUUUCGAUGAAACCGGUCGGAGGCGGAAUCGGUUGUGGAGUUGCAUCAUGUGAAGUUGAUUUGAACGUUUGCUGCCCAUCAGCAUUGGAAGUGAAGAAAGGAGCCAAGGUGGUGGGAUGUAAGAGUGCCUGCUUGGCCAUGCAAUCAGCUAAAUAUUGCUGCACUGGGGAGUAUGGAAAUCCAAAGACGUGCAAGCCAACGCUUUUCGCCCACCUCUUCAAGGCUAUUUGCCCAAAGGCCUAUAGCUAUGCUUUUGAUGACUCUAGCAGCCUUAACAAAUGCAGGGCUUCCCGUUAUGUAAUCACUUUCUGCCCUCCUAAAUGAGCAAUGGCAGAAUAAAACAAGCUUGGUGCCAUUGCAGUGUUAGAAAGUCAAUACCAAUGGAUUGUUUUUAUGAUCUGUACUAGUAAUUAUUAUUAGUUCAAAAACCCUUGGAUCAGUUAAUUUCUCCCCUUCGUCUUAGGAGUAUAUAUGAUCUGUCAGUAAAGAACUGGAUGAAAAAUCAGUUUUCCCCAUGUUUUGAAAUGCAUCUUUCUCCCUUAAUAGAUAUUGAUUUUGAUAGUGA